CGUCGUCGGCAGCGAGCGUCUCGACCGAGCGUCGCCUCGUCUCGCUAGUAUCACAAGCCGAGAGCCGUCGAGAGGGUCGUUCCACCUCCGGGAGUCGGUCUACUGAUCGCGAGCAGCAGCCACGACGAGAACGGCGAACGGGAUUUACGUGGUUCGCGCAUACUGUCCCGACGUGUACGUCCGGUUUCACCGAACCCUCCGGGUGGCGAGAGAAAGAGCGAGCAAGCGCGCGCGCGAGAAAGAGAGACAGAGAGAGAAGGAAAAAUGGAGCGCGCGGCCGGAUCGAUCGCGAUACGAACGGAUGGCUGACUCGAGAGUGAACCGCGAGCGAGUAACGUAGUCGUCCGACUCGGCCUGGCGAGCGGGAGCUUCUCCGUGCCGUGCCUUGCCGUGCCGGCGCCAUUCAACGUCACCACGAGCUCGCCACGGGGAAAACGGCGACGUCGCGAACGCGCCGAGUGAUCAUCCCCCGGCAUCUCUCGCGAUUCUGCGUCGCGGACGGCGGAGAGGGAGGGACAGAGAGCCUGGUGUGUGGUGAAAGUGCUCAUCGCGUGAUUAGGUCGAGGUCGUGUCGCUCGUCGCUGGGACCGCUCUUGCACCAUCCCGGUGACCUUCGGUGCCGGGGAUGAAGCGCGAAGUUAGGUGACGGUUCCGCGCGAUUCGGGUUCACUUGCUCGCGUCGAGCCAUUCGAGUCGCUCGCAACCCCGAGAUCCCGCCGGAGGAGCCGCGGUGAAAGUGUGUCAUCGACGCGACGCGUUACGAGGUUUGGAUCGCGACCUAGGCAUCACCGAGUGUCGAUAUCUCGCCAUCGUAGCAGUUGCCCGUGCAUUGCUAUGCGCGGCCUGUCUAAAGAUUCUCUAAGAUACGGAAGCCCCGAGAACCAGGAAGAAACUGGAGGUCGCAUCAGCGAUCUUCUGACAGUUCUUCAAUUUUCCAUAUCCUUAUCUUCUCGAUAGGAGAUUCAUUUAGUCUAGAAUACGCAAUUAUAAGACCUCAACAAACAACGUGCACACGUCAUCUGCUUUCAAGAGCUAACUCCUACUGGCUAUGCCAUAUCGACGUCACUGACGGUGAUUCGGUCAGUGGAGCUUGUCAGUGCGCCCGAAGAAAUAAUUGGCCAUCUACUCGAAAAUCAGAAUCUUGGGGGGCACAGAAAGGUAUUAAAUGUGUCCUAUGACUGAUCGUAAAGACGGAAAGUCCGCUCUGCGAGACAUCUGAGCGAAACGUCGAUAUAUUUCUUCCGCCCCAUCAAAUACACUAGUGACUAUGAUUGACAUCGAUUGAUUUUCUGUAAAAAUGUAAUGUCGCUGCAAGGAGAUUGAAUUCUACUGUAGUCAAACCAGUGUGCUAAGCAGUAAAUUUAACUUGUUCGGAGGCGAGUCCUAGACUCAAUCUCCGAUUGAUUUUAAAUUGUGCAGACGUAAUAUAGUAAACGUGUAAUUAAAGCGCUUGUUCCUCGAGAAACUUUUCGUUGCCGAUCGAUUGGAGUACAUUGCAUACACGCGCAUUAAAGGAAAAGGUGCGGAUUCUUUCGUUGCGUUGCCAGUGCUUCUAGAGUGAACUCGGGAGGUAAUUUACAAAUCUUGAUGCGUCCAACUAACAGACUGAACUUGAAAUUGAAGACAUAUCCAGAAAUAUCGACUUUUAUGACAAAUAAUGAACGAAUUUCACGCUAAUUGAAACAAUUCUAUUGGAGAUAAGGUUUAAAAGAGUAUCAUUUUACGGAUAAUUAUUAUCGAAGUACAUUUUCGUAAGCGUUUAUCGUUGUAACUCAGCUCGAAAGGCGGAUCCUAAAAUUUAAUAGCCAAGAUAAAUGAUUUCGGAACGAAGGUGACUGAUCGCUAUCGAGUUGAUUAAUUUUUCGAAACGGCAUUGGAAACGACUUUCCCGCUCGACGAGUUUAGCUCGGUAAGAGCUGACGAGAACUCGAGGAGCCGUCAAUCGAAGACACUCGGGUAUUUAACACGGCAGGAGGGAGAAAGAGUACGCCACGAGACAACGCGUACGCUCACAAAAUCGCAUAUCACACCCAAUCGCACGCACGAUUCGCGCGUGCGUGCUCACGUGUUCACGGAUGCAGCCAGGUGGUGCAACGUGGCCAGCGUCACGCACCCACACCUCGAGCGCCCACGCGAGAUGCGUAUGAGCGCGUGACGUCCUUGGCGCGCUUAUACGAGAACGGCGAUCGACUGAGCGAAUGAGCAGAAUCUAGCGGGAGGUUUCAGCCCAAGAGAGUGAAUCAUGCAUCCCACGCUUUUGCCGGCGCCGCUCCUGCUGGCGGUGCUGUUCGCCUGCCAGGUGGCCCGGUCCUUCCUGCUGGAGGGCUCCGCGACGAGCUACGCGCAAUUUCGCAAAUGGAAUGCCGGCCUGAACGGCACCCUCGAGUUCGAAUUCAAGACCGAGCAGGGCAACGGGCUGCUACUCUACACGGACGACGGCGGCACUUACGACUUCUUCGAGGUCAAACUGGUCGAGAGCGCUCUCAGACUGAGAUACAAUCUCGGCGGCGGGGCGCAGAUCGUCACGGUCGGCCACGACCUCGGUGACGGCCACUGGCACAAGGUGCAAAUCUCCAGGUGUAACGAGAACACCACCCUGACCGUGGACGGUGUCGGCGCGGUCUCCACGUCGCGCGGCAAGGAGUUCGAGUUCGGCAAGCUCGCCGGCAACUCGGAUGUCUACGUGGGCGGUAUGCCUAGCUGGUACAACAGCAAGCUGACGCUGUUGGCGUUGCCUAGCGUGAUAUUCGAGCCAAGAUUCAAUGGAUUUAUUAGGAAUCUCGUGUAUGCCGACGGGGAGAAUACUGCGCCCAGGAGGCAGGAGAUGAAGAGUCGAGAUGCUAAGUGCGGUGGCUUUCCCUGCGUCGAGAACGCCAAUAAACGCAAGUCGCCGAGGAGUUUACGCAAUAUAGCAAAUACGACAGAUGCCUGCGAGACUCGCGAUCCGUGUCAGCACGGUGGCAUUUGCAUUUCUACGGACAGCGGGCCGAUCUGCGAGUGUCGCAGCGGCGAUUAUGAAGGCGCGUAUUGCGAGAAAGAGGCUUGGAGCACGAUGCUGCCCACGGCGGGUGCUGGCGAUUACUGGGCUUGGGAUUACAACAAAGCUCCGUCGGAAGCAUCCUUCAGAGGGACCGAGUAUCUCACGAUAGAUUUGAGCAAAGGAGAACCCGUGCUCAGUACACAGGAAUCCAUAAGCCUCCAGUUCAAAACGAGACAGCCAAAUGGACUCCUAUUUUAUUCCGGAGAGGGCGAUGAUUAUCUCACCAUAUCGCUGAGAGACGGAGGUGCCGCGGUCGGUAUGACCCUAGCCAAAGGAAGAUUGGAUCUGCACAUAAAGCCGGCCAGGGUGCGGUUCGACGAUCAUCAAUGGCACAAAAUCGUCGUCCACCGGAAAGUUCAAGAGAUCUCUUCAAUAACCAGCUUUUGCAGGCUCUCUGCUAUUGUCGAUGGGAUUUACGCUGAGCACGGUCAUACCGCGGGAUCGUUCACACAUUUGGCGAGCGAUCGACUUCUCGUUGGUGGAGGCGCUGAUGCGAGGUCCUUGCAGGGCGCCAAAGGGAUCAACAACUUCGUUGGGUGUCUGAGAAAGGUGGAGUUUGCUGCAGAAAGAAUCAGAAUGGAGCUAAUCGAGGCGGCCAAGAGCGGAGCGGCGGGUGCUGCGGCUUGGGGAAAGAUGGAUUUUUACUGUCGUGAACCCAGAUCCACAGAUCCGAUCACGUUCACCACCAAGGACUCGCAUCUCGUUCUGCCACCCUGGAAAGCCGCCAAGUCCGGAACUAUAUCCUUCAAAAUUCGUACGAACGAGCCGAACGGUUUGAUCAUGUACAGCCGCAGCGGAGCGCACACGAGACAAGAUCUGUUUGCCUUCGAGAUUCUUGGCGGAUACCUUUUUCUACACAUCGAUCUCGGAAGGGCCAUACUAAUAAGAUCGUCGAAGACACGCGUGGACAACGGCUCUUGGCACGACGUUGUCCUAAGGAGAGUCGAGAGAGAUGCUCGAGUCACUGUCGACAGUAACACAAUCGAAUUUCGUACACUAGGAGAUUCCACGCAAUUAGACUUGGAUGGCUUAUUAUAUAUCGGUGGUGUGGGUGCACCUUUUGCGCCCUUAACUGUUCCGCCCGUUUUGUGGACGGGUGCCCUUCGACAAGGCUUCGUGGGCUGCAUGCGAGAUCUCGUCAUUAAUGGACAUCCAGUAGACAUCGCGGGAUAUGCGCAGCAACAGGAUUCGGGUGCGGUGAGACCAGCAUGUCACAUUCAAACGCAGCAUUGCCCUUCGAAACCGUGUAUGCACGACGGCACUUGUCUCGAAGGAUGGAAUCGAUUUCAUUGUGAUUGCACCGGCACACCUUUCACAGGACCUACCUGUGGCAAAGAUGCGUCGACACUGCAUCUGAACGGCACACAACAAAUGACGGCGCUGAUGCCGGAGGACUCCAGAACGCAGGCGGAAGAAAUUGUCGUGCGAUUCAAAACGACGAGACCACGCGGCCUCCUAUUAGCGACUAGCUUGGAGAACAGUUCCGACCGUUUGCAGAUAUAUCUAGACGAGGGCAAGGUGCAGAUACUAAUUCACAUCGGAGAUCGAGAUCAAGAAAAAUUAGUGACAGUUGGACAAGGUCUUAAUGAUGACUUGUGGCAUACACUGAGGUUCUCCAGACGAUUCACUUCGCUCAAAUUCCAGAUCGACAGUGAGAUGGCAAUACGAGCGGAAGCAGAGAAUCUUGGAAAACAGGGCGUCUUGGAAUUCCGCACUCUCCAUGUAGGCGGGUAUCUUCACGCGGGCGAGGACAUACCGCAUUUCGUGGGCCAGCUGCAGCAGAUCUGGUUCAACGGAUAUCCAUACUUGGAGAUUGCGCGCAGCGUUGGAAGCCACCAAGCCUCGCAUCAGGGCGUCACGCCCAUCAUCCGGGUCACCGGAAAGUUCGGCAAGAGAAAUCAUCCGGUUCACCAUCCGGUGACCUUCACCUCCAAGCACACUUUCGUCGGUCUUCCGGUGCUCAAGGCAUACGUAGAGACCAACAUCUAUUUCCAGUUCAAAACUCGCGAAGCAAACGGCUUGAUCCUGUACAACGCUGGAAGAGAGCACGAUUUCAUAGCGGUCGAGCUGGUAAACGGACACGUGCAUUACGUGUUUGACCUAGGCGACGGGGCUGUCAGGGUCAGGGACACUUCCAAGUCCAAGUUGAACGAUGGCAAAUGGCAUGCCGUCAGUAUCGGUAGACCUGCCUCAAAGAGGCACACUCUUGCUGUGGACGAUCACGUGACCGCUGUCAACAGCCAGGGCAGCAACGAGAAUCUCGAUCUCGAUGGUAUUUUGUAUAUAGGUGGAGUGGAGAAGACGCAAUAUGGCCUAUUACCAAAACAGAUUCUCAGUCGUCACGGAUUCGAGGGGUGUCUGGCGUCGUUGGAUCUCAGCGGGGAAAGCACCGACCUCAUUACUGAUGCCGUCGUACCGAGUUCCCUCGUCACAUCCGGAUGCGACAUUUACACCAACCUGCAUCCGGGCAAGAAGUGCACACAUGAUCUCUGUGCCAAUCAUGGAACAUGCGUGCAGCAGUGGAAUAGCUAUACAUGUGACUGCGACAUGACGAGUUUUACCGGACCAACUUGUAACGAUGAGGCUAUCGCUUACGAAUUUGGAGCCGGAAGAGGAAUUAUCACGUACACCUUUCCGCCUGAUCGUCGGCCGGAAAUGAAAAGAGACACUGUGGCCUUGGGUUUCGUCACCAGCGUUAAUGACGCUGUGCUGCUUAGGAUAGAAUCUGCAUCGAGUAAUGAUUAUCUCGAAAUCGAAAUAGUGGAGGGUAACGUUUUCGCAGUUUAUAAUAUGGGCACCAACGAUCAUCCGAUCGGCGAGGUUGGCGUGAAAGUUAACGACAACCAAUAUCACGUGGUUAGAUUUACCAGAACUGGGCCGAACAGCACGUUACAAGUCGAUGACUACAAUUUGCAAUCUAAUCACCCGUCGGGUCAUCAACUGACGGUGUUCAACAGCCAGUCCACUAUUCAAGUAGGCGGCAGAUGGAAUCGCAGCAAGGGCAGAGUGGAACGUCCAUUUCUGGGCGUAAUAGCUGGACUGGUCGUCAACGGUGCCAGGAUUUUAGAAUUGACGGCGGCGAAAGACGGCAAAGUUACAGCCAGAGGAGACGCGCAGCUUCUGCCGGCCGGAAGUCUUCUAGAUCGUGCCCCGCCGCUACAAAGAAUGCAACAGACGCCAGCGUCCGGUUUCCCCGGCGUCAUGGACGACCUCAUUUUCUCUGGCGCCGGAAGUGGUUGCUCCGGCGAUGAUGAGGACGAGGAGUGCACUCCGAUCUACGAGUCAGGUUCCGGUAAGUAUGACAUCAUCACGCCAGUAUACGUGGCGCCCACACGAUUGCCAACAACAUUGAGGCCGAAGCUGCACAAGGAAAAUAUUCAAGAGCGCCCAUCCUGCGACGACGAGGAAGACUGUGAAGAAGGCUCCGGCGAUCCCAGAACAACGGAAGAGAUUUUCGUCACCUCGGCCACUGAUAUCAGCUCGGUGACGUACACGACGCCCCGCGAGUACUCGACGAGCCAUAUCAGCACCCAGACGACGUCGGCGUCGUCGACAACGUUGAGCCGCGACGUCGUCACCGUCUCCGUCCAAUACAAUGUGUCAACCACAGACCUCGAGACCAGCCAUAGCAGCAGCGUCGUGACGCAUCGGUCGACAACCGUGACGACGCAGACGACCACGUCGGAAAUGACGGAGCCGCCGCCGCCGCCUCCGCCACCGGCGUACCCGCCGAUGCCCACUCCGCCCAAGAACAACAACAAUAAGCGGAUCACGUCCGAGGCGGCCGAGAACGCCGCCCUUAUAAUCGGCAUCAUAGCCGCCGCGCUGAUAGCGAUAGUUCUGAUCAUCCUGAUAAUUCUCAAGUUCAAGAACCGGCCGGAGACGAGCUACAAGGUGGACGAGACGAAGACGUUCUGCCAGGACCCGAACGCGGCCCUGCUGGGCGCCGCGGGCUCCGGCCAGCCCUUCAACGGCGCCCUGAAGAACGGCGCCAACGGCAGCAAAAACAAUAAGAAGCGAGAACUGAUAGACAUUAAAGAGUGGUACGUGUAAAGGGGGGCGUCCACAGGGGGCAGGACAUUGCCUUGUGCUCGAAGUUUGUGUACAGAGGGCCAAGUACGUGGCCCAAGAACGUCACCUUUCGUCGUAGGGAAGGAUCGAGGAUGGAGGCAGGCAGAGAGGAGUGAGCGAGACGGUUCUUCGCGCAGGUGUGCGGGAAAAAAUGCGCUUGCUAAUCGGGGCAUUCUCGGGGAGGACCUUCAUCUGUUAAAUAUUAAUCGAGUCCCGAGAGUCUGAGGAUCUGUAUUCCGGUGUAGCGCGAAAAGCGAUCGAGUAUUCGCCGGGAGAAUCUUCCUCGAAUUGCUCGUCGCGCGGUAAAGGAUAUACAUGGAGAUGCUACGUGAAAUCCGAUCAAUGGCGAACACGACGCAGUUGCACGUGUGAAGACGAUCUCCCGGCUGCUAGGAGAAAGGGUACGUUUGGAAAAUCCUCGUGAUAGCUUACGGGAGGACCAGUGUAAGAAAAAAUCACGAUUUAGUAAACAUCCUCUCGUACCCUCCUGUACGAAAAGGGACACAAUGCAUGAGAGACGAUCAGGUAUUCUUGACAAAAUAUGUUUUCUAAGAACUUUAAGAUCAGGAUCGAUAGGUCACACAUCUAGAGGGAAGAAACAUGUUUAUUCUUCGAGGAAAAGAAACGGGGACUACGUUAUCUUGAAAAUGUAUGAAACUUUUCUUUAAUUCUAAUGCAAAUUGGAGCGAAGUUGAUCGCACUUAGGAAGAUCCGUCGAGCUGCUCGCUCGUAAAGAGAGCCAGCGAGUCGCGAGGUGCCGAUUAACGAUCCAGCGCCGUUCCUCUUGUUUCCUCGACACGAAAUCUCAGAACAAUUAAUAUCUAAUAGGCACGCGAUCGGAAGAUCAGCAUUCGUGUUCAAUAUGAGGCAGUUUUCUGCCUCGGUCUAAUAUGAUUUUCCCGCGAGGAACGAAGAGGACAAAUGGACGCGAAGAUCGUGGAAUUAAUCGUAGGAAUUAAUUAAAAAGAAAAGAGCGUUGAAGGUGAUAUUAAGAGUGACUGAUUCGGACGAAUUUUAGGAAGCAACUUGCACGGAUGUAGGCAGGCUAUUUUUCUUGUUUUACAGAUUUUACUUCCAACAUCGUCUCUGUGAGUGCAACAUUAGAUCGUUCUCAAGCACGUCGGAAAAAAGAUUAAUUUUAAAUUUAUAUAAUAAUCGUUCUAUUUAUCCCCCAUUUUAUAGUUAAAUUAUCUAUCCAUUAAGAAUUCUAAUAAAACGUUUGAGAGUGAUUGGUACGAUUUUUUAAAUAAAAAGAACGAUACUUUAAGUAAGACACUAAAUAAAUCGUGCAUAAAUGUUUCAUAUUGUUUAUUACUGUAAGAUUUUAUGAAUGUUAUAAAAGCCCGGAGAUAUUAAUAAUCUGUAGUAAAGGGAAGUGUGUUGUGUUGGAUAAUAUUAUUAAUUUUAUAUAUACAGAAUGUAGAUAUGACUCAUGCAGAUUCAUUGAUUUAAAAUAUAAAGAUCUGCAUAGAGAAGAAGGAACCUUUUUUUUACAGGAUUAUAUUUUACCUGAAAAAUAUGUCGUUUAAUUAGAAUUUUGUGUACAAUUAGAUAUAUUUAUGUUCAUAAAUAUGAAAAAUUACAAGGUAAGUAGGAAAAUGUGAUACCCCUGAAAUAAAUUUUGUUAAUUCUGAUACAUUGAUAAGAUAUUGAAAUAUUUAUUAUUUAUACAUAUGUAGGGUUACGAUAGCAAAAUUUCGAAUUGCGUUUUAUUUUCGACGUGCUAUUUAUGAGAGCAAGAUGUUGGAAGUGAAACAUUAGGGACGAAAACAUUGUGAUCGAAUGAUCGCAUUCUAUCCUAUUCAUUCAUUAUUGUAUAGAAAAGUGAACAGAUAAUAUAUAUGUAUAUGACACAUACAUACUUAUCGAUUAUGUUAUGCGUGUAUAAAUUGUUUGACGGAUUAAAUAGAUUUUAUUAAAGUCUGUUUUGAGCGAAGAGUGACAUGACACACAUAUUAUGAGAGUUUCGUUCUCGAAAGAUUCGAGUGUGAAAUACAUUUAAUGAGGAAUGUCAUACCUACAAAUUCAUCAAGAAAAUUUGCAUAAAAAUAUAUAUUAAUUGUCUCUAUCGCACUUUAUAUUUUUAAACGAAUUACUGAUCGUGGCCACAAUCUUAGCAUUUCUCUAUCAUAACUUUGCGAUAUCGAGGAACGAUUUCGUUGCACGGAAGGUUUCUAUUAAUUUUAUUUGCAAAAGAAUAGAUUACUCUAAUUACCUCGAUAUUCCUCGUUCACGUAUAUUGCGCACUCGAAUGCGUUUCAAGCGAGAUUGUACGCAAGUGACUCUUAUACAUAUGGAAAGUAUUUGUAAGUAAUCGGAGAGAAAGGACAAACUUGACAAAUAGGUGAUUUAUAUAGCAUACGCAAAUAUGCUUAUACAUAAAUACAGGGUGUGUGAAUGCAGUAUUGCCAGUACGAGUUAGGUGACGUUUGACCGAGUCGUAUAAUCACGUCGAGCAUGAUUGCGCAUCGCAAGUGCACCGAGUCGUUUCUACCAAAUUGCAUCGUCUCCUCCUAAUUGAGAUUCACGAUACGCUCGUUUUUAUACAGGUCGACCUAGGUAUCGCGCGUCGUUUCUUCUCGGCUGUAAACUCUUCGAUAAAAUCCUUCGAUCGGCAUCGUAAUGAUGUCAUCUCCAUUAGAAGAGAAUCCAAGAUUCCAAAUUGAUGAGGGAAUUUAUAGACGAGGGUACUAGCGGUACUUUGGUGCAUCCUGUAUAUAGCUGUAUGUUGUUAACUUAGUAUUACUAUUAACAAGGUUAAUCGUUGACGUAGUUGACGAUAAUAAAGAUUUUUUAAAACCUAUUCUGUGAAGCCAAAAUCAAACGAGACAUGUUGAGGGUCGAAAGACAAUUUAUUAUCCCCCCAUAUUAGGUUGUAUUAAUGUAAUCGAUCAUUUACAUGGUUAACAUUACCAGCAAUGUUUUAAAAAAUGAUUUAUAAAGACGUGCGCUUUUAUGUAAAGUGAAACGUAAUUAAUAUUAUUGUUAUUAGAUAAUCUUUAACACGAUUAGCGAAAAUGUUCAGUUUAUAGGAAACAGAGAAAUAAUUUACAAUUUAUAAUAGGCGUAAUAUUAAUAACAAUAAUACAUAUUUUCAAAAAGAGACACGGGAUAAUUUACGAUUGUCAGAUAACUUAAUUUUUAUACGAUAAAUAGUAUUAAAUUAUUUAAGAAACUAAAAAAACUUUAAAAACUAAUCAGUUUUUAUCAAUUUCAUCUAAUUAAACAUUUUAUCUAACUCGAACUGAUAAAUAUAGUAGUCUUUGAGAAAAAAUUAAUGACGCUUGUUUUUACUUUCUUGUAAUUACUAUGCGUGGUAAUUGUUUCGCGGUAACAAAAUUCGAUCGUUUCUAUUAAGGCGGCUGACAAUUAACAUGGUUAAUAGUAAUAACGAGCCACAAGGCGACGCUUGUCGCAGAUAAAGAAGCAAUAAAUAAUUAAACGGGCUGGUAUAAAGCGCAGCGGCAUGUUUCAUUCCCGAAGCGCUGCUCCGCGCCUAACUCUCGAGCGCUCGUGACAACUCUCCGCAUACAUGGGAGAUCCUGUUCUUUUUCAAUUACAUUUUUUUACGCCUGUCCUCUUCCGUUUCAACUAUGGAAAGCGUAAAAAAUACUUGAAAAACGGAUCUUCAAUGGGCGAACGGAACGGAAGAGAGCGUGUGCAAAUUGUCGUUCAAACGCAUCUUCACACGCCAGGGAUGAGUAAAAUACUAGGGGAUGUUCCCAAAAGAAACGAGAAUAUACAUCUUUUAAAUAUUUCUUACAGUUUUCUGCACACUUGCUCGAGAAGCGUAUAAAUGUUCAUUCGAUUAUUGCCUAAUGAUACAUCAUACGGAGAGAUAUUCUAUCGGGUUGAAAGCUAUUUAAAUGAACACGAUUUACGGUUACACAUAAAGAUCUACAGCUCCUGUAAUUCCCGUCUUCUCUUGAUUUGCAAAACAGGUUUGCCGACUCCCAUAGAGCAUGUAUGGUUUUCGAUGCACUACUCAUUCCAAGAAAUUUGUUGAAGAUUCCUUCAUGUUCUCGUAUAAGAAAAGAAUAGGAGAGCUCGUUAUUCUUGCGUGAUACCUCCAAUAUUUUGUAUUGGCAGAAUAAUACGAUAGAUCGAUAGGCAUUGUCAAUGAAGCGAGCUACCUCUAAUAUAUGAAGAUGGAAAUAGUACUUUGCCCAUCGCUGGUCGAGACUGUCCCUCGGCGAUUAAUCCAAGGCGAAAGAAAAACGUCCGAUUGUUAUAAAGUGCUCUCGAAUAUUUUGUAAGUCGUGAUCCUCCUUCUGCACUUUUCCUACAAGAGAAUCGUCCUUCUUUAGAUCCGCUGUUCUACGAGAUCUUGAAAUCGGUUGCUAGUAUCUAUAGCUUCUCUCUCUUUCUCUCUCUUUCUCUCUUUCUCUCCCCCUCUCUCUCUCUCUCUCUCUCUCUCUCUCUCUCUCUGUAUCUAUAUAGCUUAUUCGCCGUUUCUCUUAGCGGUGAAAUAACAGAUAUGAUUAACAAGUCGAUUACGCAUGUAUCUCGAAGUAACAAUCCUCAGGGAAGAACAAUUAACGCGAUCAAACGGGAUUAAUCGAUUACUGACUAUUAGCAGCGAUAGGUAUUUGCUGAGUGCGAUUUUUUCCGAGAGUUUGAUCCCUCUAUCGAGUACUCUCUAUCAAGUGACGUUCUGCUUUAGCUCAAUUCACAGAUUUACAAUCUAUUGAGAAUUUUAUUAAAAUUAGAGACUUGAGGUAGAUCUAAUUUUUCAAAUUGGUCCGUAUCUCUAUAUCUGACGAGUAAGUUAAUCUCUGACGAGAUUACGGUAUGCCGAUAGAUUCAGCGCUACGUACAUACAAUCCUGCAAGCUGACGCUUCGAAUAAGCUUCUUUAAUCUUCAAUCGCACAAAAGCUCAGAUCCAUUAUUGAGGCAAAAAGAAAGUGCUGAUCAUCGCGGUCCGCAUUUUGCGCGGGUCGUUUUUACGCUUAACGAGACACAAUAAAUCUUAACUCUCUCGUCUUCGCGAAACUUGCAAUCGUUCACCCCCAACCCCCCCCCCCCUGUCUCGUCUCAUCCCAACUCUCAGAGUCAUUUAUGGAUAAGCAAAUCGACGUGUGAAUUUUGUACAUAUAUUUAUGUGGCUGAACCUUGCGUGUGUGGGCAGUUUUAACGAUACCUCAACAACGAUAUUUCGUGUAAAAAGAAGCUUUCUUCAAUCUCGUAUACGUGCGUUGAUAAUCGAUUGGUUUUUAGGUGAUCGAUAUUUCUUGCGAAACUAAAGCAGAAACUGCGCUUGCUGUUCCCCCAUAUCAAUGGUGACCUUCGUGCGAAAAUUUCCGUCAUUAAGAAAAAUCUUUCUUCUUUCCGUGCUCCUUCCCGCUUAAAGGGGAACACUCUUUAUCAACCAGACACUCUAGACAUAUUGUUAUCACUGCCCUCCGAUUCUCUAUCUGCAUAUCCUUCGAUGUACUGACGACUAACGUUUAUACUAAACUAAAUUAACUUCUAUAAAGAUAUAUUUAGUGAGCAGUGUUACUCUAACUAUUAACUAAUACACUAUGUCAAACUUAAAAAUGUGUCGCGUACAAGCGCUGGAGCAGUCGGAUUCGUUUGUAAUUACCUAAUUAUUAAUAUUGACUUUUAUUUAUCUUCCUCUGUUCUGUUUAUUUAGUUUGCACGAUACCACGGAUAAACGUGAUGUAAAGCUUCUAUCUAAAUAUCUAGCAUUCGCGGAUACUUUGGUGAAAUGAGAGACAUAAAAUAUUUUCAAUUUCUAAAACACGCAAGACGAAAAUGUAAUUCGAUUUAAAUGAGAAAUAUAAUGGAUAACAUCUAAAACCACAGGAAGUAAUACAAUUUGAUAAUUUGGUAAAAAUAAUUACUUAUGUUAACAACAAACGGGAAAUCAUGUAAGUAAUAAGAAAAAAAUCGCGUGAUUAACCAUGGAAACGUCACGAUAAUUAUAAGAUAUGAUUAAGUUGUUUAAGUCAAACUAUCUCUGUUAUUAGUAUGACAAUUAUUAUUAUACUGUUAUCUAUAUAAAAUUUGGCUGUCAAUAUUACUGAUAGCGAUAUUGUUUAUGUUACGUAUUGUGUGCAUUGUUGGUCAUUACGGAAACUAUUCAAGUUGCUCGAAUAUUGACGGCUCUAGCGAACGCUUCACGCAGGCUAUCGAUUACCCGUAGUACGACAAGAAUUGAAACUUUCACGAUCACACGAAUCGUAAGGAAGAAAACGAAGGUAUCAGACCGCACGAAAAUUAAUCGCGAAUUUUGUAAUCCUAACUUUAUAGCCUUCAUCUAAUGAAACGAAUAUGCAUUUCGAAACUCUUCGUGCAUCAAGUGUCGCAACAGGUUGUAACCAGAUGUAAAAUUGUUACUAUAAAAUUUCAAAGAAUUAUUCUCAUUACACUACAAAGAAAGAGAGGGAUACUUUGGAAGUUACUGUUAUCGUGAAAACAAAAUGGUAUCUCUUCUGACAAAUAUUUCGAAUCCUUUGAAGAUAGUUUUAAGAAGAAUGCGAGCGCGACCAGUGAGAAUAAUACUUUGGACGUAAAUAAUCCUAAGCAAAUUGUUGCAACAUUUGAUAAUUAAACCUAGAGAUCACUGUAGAAGUGCAUAUUCAUUUAUCAUCGAUAUCUGGUAAAAUUGCUGAAAUGUCACCGCUGUUUAACGGACAUACAACCCAAUAAUACCUGGAAUAAGUGAAAAACGAUAAGAGACAAACGCUCACUCACAGCUGUAUCUAGAGUUGCUAUAGCUAGAUGGAAUUAUAUUUUACAUUGUACAGUCGUACGUAUAUGAAUGCACUAUAAAUUAGAUAGUAAACUAUAUUCGUGGGCGAGACGAAGAGUUGGAAACGGAGGGAGAUCGAGCUAAGAGAGAGACAUGUUAUAGCACAAGGGAAUGAAUCCUGCGAAGUUCCACAGAAGCGGACACAUUUUUGUUGUCGGCUGACUGCGAAUUUCAUACGACACGUGUAUGUAUAAUAGAGACGUGUACGCACGCAAGAGGCUGAUUCGCGUCGAUGAGUGAAAUCCGCCGACGAGCGGAUCGUGUUAUGCAAAAUCGGGGCUAUGAGUCACUGCGAAGGAAAACGAAGCAGAGCUUAACACGAUGUACAGAUACAGAACUAUGAAGGCACGACCAGGCAAGGAUUAAUUGAUAUAAAUUUUUGCCGAGUUCAGAUUUCGGUGCGCGACUGUAACGUUAAUAAAUAGCUAAAACGCAAGAUCGAAGCGUGUGCCGGUUUUCGGUGUCCAGCUUUCCAAUGUCCCUCGCAAUUUAUUUGUAAAAAUGUGACAGUUUCUCAUGGGGGAUACUUUAAUCUGUCCGGCAAGUUUCGUUCCCGUAGACUCGACUGACACCUUGCAGCUUGGUUUUUCUUCGCGAGGACGGGGCCUCCGUUGCGCCAACACGGUCCCGCGGCGAUACUAGAAUCGGCCGUUUUGUUCCAGGUUACGUGAAGUAUAGAUGAAACGUUAAAAAUACGGGAUAAUAGGCGCAUGCAGUGCAGUUAGAUUUUUUACACGUCAAUGCAAAGAGGUCACGUUCCGUUGGCGUUCGCGUUUUUAAGCGGUAUAUAUCCUAAUAAGCUGCGCCCCGCGAGAGACCGAUUACCGUUAUCAUUUCACCCGGUGUAUGGUUUACAGAGGCACGCGGAGCUGAGGGAAACGACUAUUCUUAUAUUUAUACAUUAUAGCGACCUUACAACGAUUGGAGAGCGAUUAAACCUGUACGAUGCUUUCAUUGUUACUGCGAAACCUCCGCGGUUUCUGAAGCAGAAGCGAACUGAGUUCGCCGUAUCGGUUAAAUAUUGAAAUAGCGCUUUCAUCAGCUUCGAGGAUGCAUUAUCGCGUUAAUCUUGCAAAAAGGAGGAAAGAGGUACGCAGUAUACACGAAUAUACACACACCCACACACAUACACACAUACAGACAAGCACGUGAGUACCGUAGUGCGCGUGCACUGACGCAUUACAAAAUUCUCCUGAAGAUUGGGGACGUUGUAAAUACAAUAGGAAUAAUGCCGUAACUACGAAAUUAUAUGAAUAAAGUAUUGAAACUAUA